AUGCACGUCUACUCCACCCUUCUCGCCGUUCUGUCGGCUUCUGCUGCUUUCGCUGCUCCUGUUGAGCUUUCGGAGCGUGCGACCACGAACUCUUUGGACGCCGCUUACAAGGCUAAGGGAAAGAAGUACUGGGGCAACAUCGCCGACCCAGGCACCAUCUCCAACUCGGCCAAUGUUGCUGUGUUAAAGGCUGACUUUGGUCAAUUGACUCCGGAGAACUCCAUGAAAUGGGACGCAACUGAGCCAUCCCGUGGGAAAUUCAACUUUGGCAACGCCGACACAUUCACCAACUUCGCAACAUCCAAUGGCAAGCUCAUCCGUGGCCACAAUUUGCUGUGGCACAGCCAGCUGCCUUCGUGGGUAUCUUCCAUCACUGAUAAGGCCACCCUCACAUCCGUCCUCCAGAACCACAUCGCCAACGUAGCCGGCCACUUCAAGGGCAAGGUCUACGCCUGGGACGUCGUGAAUGAAUGCUUAAAUGAGGACGGGACGCUCCGCUCCGAUGUCUUCUCCAAGGUCCUCGGCGAGGACUUCGUCCGCAUUGCCUUCGAGGCAGCCAAGAAGGCCGACCCCAACGCCAAGCUCUACAUUAACGACUACAACCUCGACUCUGCCUCCUACGCCAAGACACAGGGCAUGAUCAAGUACGUCAAGAAGUGGCGUGCCGCUGGUGUGCCCAUCGACGGCAUCGGCUCCCAGACUCAUCUGAACCCCGGUCAAGCUUCCGGCGUUCAGGCUGCUUUGACUGCUCUUGCUGCCGUUGUCCCAGAAGUCGCUAUCACUGAGUUAGAUAUCCAAGGCGCUUCAAGCAGUGAUUAUGUCGCCGUGUCCAAGGCCUGCCUGGCUGUCAAGAGCUGCGUUGGUAUUACCAGUUGGGGGGUCAGCGACCGUGACAGCUGGCGAUCGAGCUCUAGCCCUGAUCUCUUUGAUGGUAGCUAUAAGCCUAAGGCGGCUUACACUGCUGUGCUUGCGUCGUUGUAG